AUGAGAAUUACAAAUCCGCCGCCGCGGCUGCCGUUGAUUCUGCUACUGCUCAUAAUCCUGCCGCCGGACCUCUCCAGCUGUACCAGCCGCCGCCACCUCCGCUCCAGCAGCAGAGAUGUUAACAGUGAUGAAAUCAAGCAAACAGAUCGUCAAAUGUCUUCUUCUUCUCCGUCGUGGAGCGCUACUAAAUACGACUUCCCGCCGCCGCCGGCGGAAGCGCCGCGCGGAUCAAGAGCACGCGAUCGGGUGUACGGAGCUUCAUAUAGAACAGUGCCGGCGGGCCCGAACCCGCUUCACAAUUGA